CAUAAUUAAGACAGUUACUAUUUUGCAAUCGAUACAAGUGCAGUGGUUAGUUUAAUUGUCCUAAGAGAUUAACGAAUAUCGAUAAUUCUUAUUACUUACAGGGGGAUGGUAGGAUUAUUUCCGAUUGUCUGCAGUGUUUUAUUGUCAGAAGAUACAAGUUAUCUCCUAAUGUGAAUCGUCCCAAUUUUUUGGUUAUUCCUUUUAUUGAAUUCAGGUCUCUUCUUAUACGAUAUCGGCAGUUGUUUAUCCCUGAGUUCAAAGAGUUCAAGCACUAUCUCAUUCUCAAGUUAAACGAGCGACGCCAAGAGGGCACAAGAGGGCACGACCAGGGCUCGAAAACAGUUUGAAAUGUUCAAAACAUUGAAACUGUUGCCCGAAUGUUCCACUGAUUGUAUCGAAAAUUGGAAAGUAUAGUUCGAUGCCAAUUAUCUCUUCAAAAAAGGGCAAGCAAAGAAAAUAGUAUAGAAAAUGUCGUUGCCAGAUAGAUUAAGUUGUAUCCCUGACAAAGAUCUGGCGUUUUGCGGAUUUAGCCAAGAGUUUCAUGGCUUCACGAUGGUGCACCGGGUAGCGACGGACGAGCGGCCGUUCGAGACGCCCUCGUCUGACGAGAGCGGCAUGGGGCGCAGCGACUCCCCUAGCGACGACUCGGAGCCAGAAGCAGCACUGGUGGUACCGCCAGAUGGUGGUUGGGGCUGGGUGGUUGUAGCAGCUUCGUUCAUGUGCAAUUUCGUGGUGGACGGCAUCAUAUUCUCCGGAGGAAGCCUGCUUGACCCCAUACAGAAAACAUUUAAUGCUAGCAAAGGUCAAGUGGCACCGGUAAACUCAUUGCUGUCUGGAUUCUACCUUUUAGUUGGUCCCUUCGUUUCGGCCUUAGCGAACAAAUACGGGUUCCGGUUGGUGACCAUAAUCGGCAGUGUUCUGGCGAGCGUCGCGUUCGCUCUCUCGUAUUAUGCGACCAGUGUCGAGUAUCUGUAUCUUGUUUAUGGCAUCGUGGGAGGUAUCGGCUUGUGCAUGAUCUACAUGCCCGCGGUGCUGGUGGUGGGCUUCUACUUCGAGCGCUGGCGCGCGCUCGCCACCGGCCUGGCGCUCUGCGGCUCCGGCGUCGGCACCUUCGUGUUCGCGCCCCUCACCAAGUAUCUGCUGUCCACUUACGAUUGGAACACCACCCUGGUUAUACACGCAGGAUUUAUCCUACUAUGCGUCGUUUUCGGCGCUCUGUUCAGACCAAUCAAACCGGUCAGAGUAACUUUAGCUGAUCAAGUCGAAGAAGAUGACGCGUCUCGCCGCCACGAAGAAGCUGUAGAAAAAUUAAACUCAAUGCUCAAACUUCAUAGUAAACUCGAUUCCGGGAUCUCUAUGCCACCCGAAAUGAGGUUCACGAACAAAGUCAGCCCCCACACGUGGAUGGGAGUCGCGAGCAACACGCGCUACCCCACCGCCGAAGAAGUAUUCCGAGGCAGCAACUCGCAUAUCAGCAGACGAUCCUCCGCAACCGCGGGGACGUUGAAGAACCAUCUCGCAAACAAACCGACGUUCAUUGCCGUCCCGGUUGCGGAGAAGGACGAACAAGAAGACUCUAACAGUAACAUCGACAACGUCGAACCUCUCAUCGCGAGCCCCGUUAAAUUUGUUACGAGAGAUGCGAGAUCACGUCGCUCUCACGUCGAUCUAGUCGCCCGACCGUUUUACCGUGACGAUAUUUUCUUUGGGGGCAGUUUGGCCAGACUUCCGCAAUAUACUUCUCGUACUUCUAUGGGCUACCAUUUGGCCGUGACUCACGUCCCUACACAGGAAGAUGCUCAAGAGGAAACUUCUGGAAAAUGCAAAUUGUGCCCUGAAGCCGUUCAACGCGCUUUAGCUACGAUGUUGGACGUUAGCCUGUUCCGAUCACCGACGUUCGUCAUUCUCGCCGUCAGUGGCUUCUUCACAAUGCUGGGCUUCUUCGUGCCUUAUAUGUACGUGGCGAAAAGAGCAGAAGAUAAUGGCAUGAGUAAAGAGACCAGCGUACUGUUGGUGUCCGCUAUCGGAAUAGCGAAUAUAAUGGGACGUGUCGCCUGCGGGCUGGUGUCGUCGAUGCCGAAAGUGUCUCCACUGUGGUUGAACAACAUUGCCUUAUCUGCCGGAGGAAUCGCUACCAUGCUCAGUGGAUUAUACUUCAGUGAUUUUUAUCAGUUUGGAUACUGCACGAUAUUUGGACUUGCUGUGGCGUGCUUCGCGUCUCUGCGUUCAAUUCUGGUUGUGGAGUACAUUGGAUUAGAGCAGCUCACCAACUGCUUCGGUCUUUUCCUGCUGUUCCAGGGCUUCGGGGCGCUUCUUGGCGGACCCAUCGCUGCCGCCCUUAUGGACUUGACGAAUCAGUACGACAUCUCUUUCUACGUAUCUGGAGGAUUCCUGCUCGUCUCCGCUCUCAUAUGCUACCCUAUCGACUACAUCAGCCGGUGGGAAAAGGCGAGGAACAAACUUGCUGCUUCACCAAAAGUAUGAAGAUUGACAUCCUAGUACUGGCUUCCCACGGUGCGUUAUUCUGCGGAUUAUCACGCACGGCCGACGACCACGGACAAUCACGCACCGCGCACAAAUUACGGACGACGACGACGAUGUGUCUGCGCGGUGCUACCACUGUUCCCAUGGUGCGUCGGUGCGGACUGGUCCGCGUCCGGUAAUAUCACGCACCGUGGGAAGCCGGUAUAGUAAUAUAAUGAUUUCUGUUAAACCCAAUGAUUAUAACGCUAUAUUUAUAUGUAUGUAUUAUAUGUAACGUUCAUAACUAUUACAUGGUAUAUAAAAUCCGUUCUAGCUAAUACAAAAUGCAAUGAGAGUAGAACGCGCUAUCUGCGAGAAGUAAAUUGAGGUAGUUUUAAGUCUUAAAACGCAUAUGUAACGUUCUUUCAUAAGUACAUAUAUAUACAUAAUAAUAUAAUUGGUUAUACCUAAUCGAAGUAAAAACUUUGACUUCAAGGGUUAAACGAGUAGAUUAAAGAUGAAAGAAUCGAGAUUUGAGUGUUGAAAAUAUCGUGCGAAUGUCUUUGUUUUUUUAUUAAUAAGUUUUUAAUAUCCAUGGCCCGUUUUAGGGUGCUAUUGAUGUGUAUUUAAUCAUUUAGUUAAGAUUUUAUAUUUAAUUCCAUCCCAACACUGCCCCAUAACUAUUUCGACAUUUUUUCGAAUUUUGUGUAACUAUAUUUACCUAUAAGUAGUUAAAACUAUAACUCAUUUUAAUUGAGAGUUUGAGUAAAUAAUAUCUAGAUAGAUUCAGGAUGAUAAUAAAAACUUUUUAUACUUAGAUAAUAAUAGACAGUAAUACCUACACUUUUUAUAAAAAAUCCAGUUUUUAUACAACUCCCUACACUAGUGUUGUUAUGUAACGAAAAAAUUGAUUCGUUUAUAAGUCUUACUUACAGACUGUUUUACAUUUGUUAGGUACCCAACAUAAUAAAGUUGAUUCCUUUUAAGAUUGACUUUUAAGAAAAAUAUUUUUAUACAUAUGUAAUUUACAUAUCCUCUGUACUUAAAACAUGACAUACCUACUUGCCAUAUCCAUAAUACGAAUUUGUAAUAUCAAUUUAGGGACCUACGAAUUUGUAAGUUAAACUAAAGUGCCUAUUUAAGUGCCUACCUAUCUAUGUAACUAACUUAACUAUUACCGUCACUCUGUCCGCGUGAAUCAUGUUUAAAAAAAAUCCGUUGGAAUUUCUCGAGACCGUAAUUCCUUGGGACACUUCUACUAGGGUGCUCAAGGAACAUUUACUUCAAAUUAAAAAUCUCAGUCAGUCAGUCAUAUACUGUUUUAUAUUUUCUGUAGAUAGAUAAAUUGAUAAAUGUUAAGGGCAAUUUUUCUAUCUACAGAAAAUAAAAGUGGUAAAUCAUUGAUCUACUUAUAAAUAAUGAAAUAUCAAUACCUACCAAUAUUAUGUACGUUAUAUUAUAAUUUUAUUUAAGCAUUCCUUGCAGUAAAUAUUGGCAAUGCUGCGAAGGAAUACGGUUUAUGCAAAGACUCAUUAGAGUUGGAAUAAUGCAUUUAAAAUAGGAUUAGUAGAUAGUACAAAGACUCGAAAUAUUUAGUAGCACAGCUACCUUAUCCUGUAGGUGAUCGGAAAAUGCUAAGUAGAUCUGAUACCAAUACGUACCUUCGUCUUUUAACUAUUACAGAUUAAAAUUUUCGACUCGAUGCAAAUGGAGGUAGGAGAAAAAAUAUAGCAAUGGUA